CCCCUCCUCUGGUCUGUCACGCUCGGCGGCUCCUCCGAGAGGCUCCUCGCUCCCUCCCCCAGCUUCGCGCCGCGAGCAGGAGCAGCGGGAGCGGAGGGAACUGCCGCGGCUCUCCACCGCCUGCCCCCCGGUUGAACAUUACAGCUUCACUUGUACCUGGGCGUUUUCCACUGAUGUCCAACACCCAAUAGACAUUCCAAACCAUAUUUGGCAGGUGCCUUUGCAGCCUAACAGCAGUCCUUCUUUGACACAGGAUGGAGGACACCUACAAAGACAGGACUUCACUAGUGAAAGGGGCCAAAGAUAUUGCUAAAGAGGUGAAGAGGCAAGCAGUGAAAAAAGUUAAUAAAGCAGUUGACAAAGCCCAGGAUGGCUACACACAGAGGUCCUACAGUCGAUUCCAGGAUGAGGAAGAUGAUGAUGAUUACUAUGGCCAAGGAGGAAGUUAUGGUGUAGAAGCUAAUGAUGACGAAGGAUCAAGUGAAGCAACUGAAGGACAUGAUGAAGAUGAUGAAAUUUAUGAAGGGGAGUAUCAGGGAAUCCCCAACAUGGGGCAGGGUAAGGAUGACAUGGUGGUCUUAGGUCAGUCUAUGCGUGAUGAAUACAAGGAUCGUCAUGAACUGGAAACAGAGAGGAAAGCUGAUGAAGAAGAGCUGGCACAGCAAUAUGAAUUGAUAAUACAAGAAUGUGGCCAUGGUCGUUUCCAGUGGGCCCUCUUCUUUGUGCUAGGAAUGGCCCUAAUGGCUGAUGGGGUUGAAGUGUUUGUUGUUGGAUUUGUGUUACCCAGUGCUGAAACAGAUAUGUGUAUACCCAAUUCUGGAUCAGGAUGGCUCGGGAGUAUCGUGUACCUUGGGAUGAUGGUGGGGGCAUUCUUCUGGGGAGGCUUGGCAGACAAGGUGGGAAGGAGACAAUCGCUCCUGAUAUGUAUGUCUGUCAAUGGAUUCUUUGCCUUCCUUUCAUCCUUUGUCCAGGGCUAUGGCUUCUUCCUCUUCUGUCGCUUGUUUUCUGGAUUUGGAAUCGGUGGAGCCAUGCCAACAGUCUUCUCCUAUUUUUCGGAAGUGCUCGCUCGGGAGAAACGAGGUGAACACCUGAGCUGGCUCUGCAUGUUUUGGAUGAUUGGUGGCAUCUACGCUUCCGCGAUGGCUUGGGCAAUAAUUCCUCAUUAUGGAUGGAGUUUCAGCAUGGGCUCUGCCUACCAGUUCCACAGCUGGCGAGUAUUUGUGAUUGUCUGUGCACUGCCUUGUGUCUCUUCUGUGGUUGCCCUCACCUUUAUGCCGGAAAGCCCACGGUUCCUGCUGGAGGUUGGAAAACAUGAUGAAGCUUGGAUGAUACUCAAGCAAAUUCAUGACACAAACAUGCGUGCUCGUGGUCAGCCCGAGAAAGUCUUCACUGUUACCAGAAUCAAAACACCUAAACAGAUAGAUGAGCUCAUAGAAAUUGAGAGCGAUACUGGAACUUGGUACAGGAGGUGUUUUGUCAGAAUCCGCACAGAGCUGUAUGGUAUUUGGUUGACAUUUAUGAGGUGCUUCAACUACCCAGUGAAGGACAAUACAAUCAAACUUACAGCUGUGUGGUUCACCCUGUCUUUUGGCUACUACGGCUUAUCUGUCUGGUUUCCUGAUGUCAUUAAACAUCUGCAGUCAGACGAGUAUGCAUCCCGAGUGAAACAUUUCCGCAACGAGGAGGUCUCACAUUUUGUCUUCAACUUCACACUGGAAAAUCAGAUUCACAGCAAUGGAGAGUACAUCAAUGACAGGUUUAUUAUGAUGAAGUUUAAAUCAGUAACCUUUGAAGAUUCACUUUUUAAGAACUGUGUUUUUGAAGACAUCACUUCACUGAACACAUACUUCAGGAACUGUACUUUCGUGAAUACCACCUUCUACAACACAGAUCUCGAGCAGUAUAAAUUUGUUGACAGUGAAUUGAUAAAUUGCACAUUUUUUCACAUCAGGACAGGAUGCCAGAUUUCUUUUGAUGAUGACUACAGUGCCUACUGGAUCUACUUUGUUAAUUUCCUGGGAACUUUGGCAGUGUUACCAGGAAAUAUUGUGUCUGCUCUCCUGAUGGAUAGAAUAGGACGGUUAACGAUGCUAGGUGGUUCCAUGGUUCUUUCUGGCAUCAGCUGUUUCUUCCUGUGGUUUGGGACCAGUGAAUCCAUGAUGAUAGGUAUGCUGUGCCUCUACAAUGGCCUCACCAUCUCGGCAUGGAACUCUCUAGAUGUUAUUACUGUGGAGCUGUAUCCUACAGACAGAAGGGCAACAGGCUUUGGCUUUUUGAAUGCACUAUGCAAAGCUGCAGCUGUACUUGGAAACCUAAUAUUUGGUUCCCUUGUUGGUAUCACCAAAGCAAUCCCUAUUCUCCUUGCUUCUACUGUUCUAGUAUGUGGAGGUCUGGUAGGACUUCGGCUUCCCGAUACCAGAACCCAGGUGUUGAUGUAACUGGAAAAAACAUCCACUAUUUAUUUCCUUCUUUGUACAAAUGUCAUUCUCCUGACUGAUGGUGCAAAGGCUUCAGAUUCUCAACACACAGUAGAGUGCUCAAAUGUCAGAAAUCAAACCCAAAAGAUAUUUUGGAGUAGCAGAGAUUUAGCAACCUCUGUAUGAAAGUUUUAAAUUUCACUUUUGUUUGCUUGCAUACUUUGUUAUUCAAACCCAUUUCACUUUGAAGUGCAAAGCUACCUCUUAGAACAGUUUUGAUGACAUAUCCAGGAAGGUAAAAACCAUACUGAUAAUUAGAUAUUUAAAAUGCAAGCAGUCAGAUUAUUUCAAAAACACAUGCUAAAUUUGGCCAUGGCAUUGUGAGCUUUAGUAACAGUUCAGAUGUGCAAGUCAAUUACUUAGCAGUAUUGGUGCAGGGAAUGUUAAUGUAUCAAUGCAUGCAGCAUUUAUCAGGAAACUCAACUGAUUGCAUCAGUACUGGGAACAGUGACCUUCUGCAGUUGUGCUUAGGUGAUAAAAACUCGUGGCAAUGACUCUUCCUUGGGAAACAUUUUUAGGCAGAUUCAAUCUAAGCAAAGAUUACCAGCUACACCCCAUACUGACUGAGGAGAAGGCAACAGCUAUUGCAGGGAAUAUAAAAGUCCAUAUAGGUAUGCAGCAGAGAGAAUAACAAAAGUAACAUUUUCACUUUUUGCUACCGAUGCUCCAGAAAACUUUUGUUUUAUCCUCACUUGGCAUCUGGAUUUUUUUUUCAUUUAAAACAGUGAAUUUGUCUUCUUCCAGGAAUUAAUGAAUGCAAAUAGUUUUGCUGUUGUUAGUAAGAAUAAAGGAAGAAUCAGACCAUUGAACUAUAAGGAUGAUACUUUCAGAGGUUUAUUUAGAAUUUAUAUAUAUAAGGACCUUAAUUAUUUUCAUAGUUUCUACACUUCUUAAUAUAACCAUUUUCUCGGCUAAUUUUUAAUAGUUCCAGAAAUGUCUGACCACUUAAUAUUUUCAAAUGUCUCUUUGAAAAGCCACUAAGAAAUAAGCCAUGGCAAGACUGCAGGGAAUAGUAAUGCUUUUAUUAGACCAAGUGCAUAGAUGGAAAACAAAUGAUAGUAAAUACAUUCCUUCUAUGCUGUGGACUGUUCUGAAUACUGGAAAAUUCCCCAUCAGUCCUAAUGCUAUGCAAGAAGUUAUGGGAUCUCUUUAAAAUAUCAGCAUUACAAAUUUAAUACAGAUACAUUUAUAAAAUCAUCAAAAAGAGGCAGAUCCUCUGAUGACAAAAAAUUGCAUUGCUUUCAGUGGAACUAAGACAAUUUGUAUCUGCUGAUUAACUAUCUGCAGUUUCAAGUGUGAAAUAACAAAUUUUCUAUAAAACAUAUGGAAAAUUUUAUUCAGUAUUUUUUUUCUAAUUAUGUCUAACAGCAUUUAUUAGGUAGAUGAAUCAUUGCCAAGCAACUAAGCUUUCAAAUAAGGUCAUCAUAUGGUAAGCUAGAUUUUUUUCAUUGAUUUUUCUCUUGCUCUUAGAUGUGAACUUGGAUUUAGGUAGUAAUAUGUGGCACUGCAGUCUUUGUCAGUCAUCAUCUUUGUCAUAUUAAAAGAAUCAAUAAAAGUCUAUGUAAGAAGAUCAUUCAACAUAUUCAUAGUUCACUGUUUAAUCUGCUGAUUCUAGAAGUGACAUUUUCAGUUACUAACAAAUGCCUCUGCUAUACAUUGUAGCACAAAAAAUGUUAGCCCAAGAUGCUGUUUUCUCCUACAAAAUGAGAAAACUGGCAGAAUUUAAAAAGCACGAGUAUGGAAAACUACGGGACAUUGUUUUGAUGUUGGUAAUUAAAAAAAAAUUAGCAAGUGUGUUUAUUUUGGAGUGAUAAGGUGAAGUUAUUUGAGAUUAAAUAUUUUAUGUUUAAAUCUGACUUAGAUAUGACUCUUAAAUUUCUAAACUAUGCUAAUAAAUGAGGAAGAGCUAUUUUUCACUAAGGUCUAGAAAAAAAUUCUGGCCUUAGUUUUGCGUCUGUGGCCUUUUUUCCACCAAUCAUAGCCUUAAUAUUAUUUAAGGCUGUUUUCUACAAGUAAUAUUAUAUUUGAGCCAUUUUUCUCUGUGCAAUUCAUUAGUAGCACAUGUUCAACUCCUUGCACAAACUGCACAAGUUAUUUUGAAAUCUGAAGCCUCUGUACAUAUUUGGAGUAAACACCAACAACAAUGGUAAAAUAUUGCUUUGUGUUGCUAUGCACUGUCCUCUUGCAGUAGUAUAUUCUGUCCAUCUCUGCAUGUAAUUCCUGUAACACUCACAUUCAUACAGCAGCAUUUCAUACCUUCUGACCAGCUUGAAGGAAUGGGUCACAGAAAAAUAAUAUUCAGCUUUUGAGGGCUAUGAUUUAAGUUUAACACUCUAAAAUCUCAUGACAUGUAAAAUUAUGUUGAUUUCAGUGUUGGUCUUAUCAUAAAUCCUGACUAUAGCAUAGGUCUGUGAUUAAGUCUGGAUGAAAUGAAAUGAAGCAACAACAGGAAUUAGCAGAGAUUUUUAAAAAUAGACACUGCAUGGUCCAGAAUGAUAAUGCUCUAAGGUAGAAAAAAGAAAAAGGAAUAGUGGGUAGGAAUUGGGAGAAUAAGUAAAUGAAAGAGAUGAACAAAGAAAAAACCAAGAAUAAUUCCAACAUUUGAAACAAAACCUAUAGUUAGAAUUUUCCCAGAUGGUAAGCUAGCUGGCUCAACAGAUUUGAGCUAGUGUGCAAGCAACAUCAAAGUUGUUUGAAUAUUCAGUAGUUUUUGCUUGAGCACAGUAAAGAUUUAUCACAUAAAGACAAAAAAGUGAAUGCAAUUUCACGCUAUAAAUAACUUCACGAGAUAGGUGAAAUCCACAGACUGGAACAGAAGUCUAUGGACACAAAUGUUACUCACAUUAUAAGCAAAAGUAAUUUGACUGGUCUUCAGCAAUUCCGUCUUUUCUUGCAGCCUCCAAAGCAAUCACAGGUAACGAAUAUUGAACAGAAGGAUCAGCACUUUCUUUCUAUGUCUAUUCACUUAUAUGUCACACAAAGGAUCACUUUGUGGCAUGGCUAGAUUCCUAAUAUACCAGACAGAAGCAAACUUGAUAGCGUUUGUGUAUUACAGUUAUAAAACCUAUGUAAUCAAAACUGCUUAUUUGUCUGUUUUGGUCACAGACACAGGACUGACUGACUGCUAACUAGAAAUCCCUGUCAGUCUAAACUGAAGUAGGAUAUAACAUAUAGGAAUUUUCUUUGCAGCUGAAAAGCUCAUCCCAACAGCAGAAAUGACAAAAAGCACAAUGACCCCUGAAAACACAUAAGACUCAUGGCAUUUAGAAUGCUGUUAACGAUAAUAGUCAAAUAUUUUGAAAUUUGGAAACUGCCCACAAAAGAGACCACGUGUUUUCAUUUUUGGCAAGGAAUUUUUAUUUGAAUUAGUUUUACUUCUUACAGGUUGUGUAAUAGUAGAACUUGACUUAGCAGACUCUAAUUUCUUGAAAGCAUCUUAUUCCUCAUGUUAGUACUCUUUAACCAGCUUGGUUAUAUCCAUGCUAGCACCCUGCUGCUUGGAAGCAUGCGCUACAACAUUUGGGAACCACUGCAUUGGUCGUUGAGUACAGGCUCCUAGAAAGGGAACUAGGAAUAGGUGUUCAUGGUGGAGCGCUCAACAUUGGUAAUUAAUGACCUACUGGGAAACCCUCUUCCUCUCAGCUUGAUUUUAACCAGUUCCCUUACAGAGUUGUGUAGUACAAAAGCUGAGCAUGGAUGAAAAAGAGUUAGCCCUCCUUCCUGAUGGCUCCAGUAGUCUACUCCUCCUUUAUCAUUUUAGCAAUAUGGAUCAAAGUUAAGAUUGCUAACUCAAGCUCUGCUUUCCAAAUUACUUUUCUUGCUAGGGGACCAGCCUUAAAGAAAAUUAAAACUCUCUCACCUGCUUCUGACAUUCAGUAAGAAGUUUCGUUAUAUCUUUUGCAUUUUGGUUAUAACUUUUUUAAAAACAAUAUGUAAAGAAGCCUUAGAAGUCCUUCUGUGUGUGAAUCUCACCUUUUGAGACAGCCAGACUCCACGUUUACCUGUCUAUCGAGAAGGCUGACCUAAUAAAAGGAGAGGUGUCCUCUCUGAAUAGCCCCUGUUGAUCUCCUGAUUUGAGGGAAUCUUCUUGCCUGUGCACCUAGCUCAGCUCCAUUUGGAGGAAAUGAUAUUCUGUAUUCUUUUUUUCUUUUAUCUACCACUGUGGAGCCUUAUCU